AUGAAGCUCAAAUUCUCCAUACACAACUCCCCAGUGAGCUUCUGGAGCUCUAUCAUAUGCAUGACGACUCUAAGCUUUCAGCUUGCACAUGCCUCCAUAUCCCUAGACCUAGAAAGCAAAGAAUCCCUCAAGAAAGCGGCCGAAACCGCCGCCGCCGGGAUGCUCCAGUACUACACGGGUUACCGACCCGGCGACGUCCCAGGCAAUCUCCCCGACCCAUAUUAUUGGUGGGAAGCUGGGGCCAUGUUUGGCGCGCUGGUGGAAUACUGGUACUAUACGGGAGAUUCGCAGUGGAACGACAUCACCACCCAAGCCCUCCUCCACCAGGUCGGACCGGCAAACAACUACAUGCCGCCGAAUCAAACCACAACGCUGGGAAAUGAUGAACAGGACCAAGCAUUCUGGGGUCUUUCGGCUAUGUCUGCCGCUGAAGUCAAGUAUCCCAAUCCUCCGGAGGACGGGCCGCAGUGGCUAGCUCUGGCACAGGCUGUGUACAACUCCCAGGUGCCGCGGUGGGACAACGCAACCUGCGGCGGCGGGUUACGCUGGCAAGUGUUUUCGUUUAACGACGGAUACACGUAUAAGAACACAGUAUCAAAUGGAUGCUUCUUCAACCUCGCCUCGCGACUCGCGGUGUAUACGGGAAAUGAGUCCUAUGCCGCGCGGGCUGAGACAACCUGGGAUUGGACUGAAGGCAUGGGAUUGUUCAAUAAGAAGUAUCAUUUCUUCGAUGGGACAGAUGUCCGGAACAACUGCUCCUCAAUCAAUCAUAUCCAGUGGACAUAUAAUGCUGGGUUAUAUUUGCUGGGUGCAGCGCAUAUGUACCAUUUUACAAACCAAUCAGACCGUUGGCGCAGCCGGUUAGAAGGCAUCAUCGAAGGGCUGGAGGUAUUUUUCGGAGAGGACAACGUGAUGAGCGAGGCGGCCUGCGAGCCGCACGACACCUGCAACAUCGACCAGCGCUCCUUCAAGGCGUACCUCUCCCGCUGGAUGGCUCAUACCGUCCAGAUUGCGCCAUUUACGUACGACUUGCUAAUGCCGAAGCUGCGCGCCUCGGCGAAGGCGGCCGCCCUGCAGUGCAACGGGCCAAACAAUGCAUGCGGGCUGCGGUGGAGGCGCGGCGCAGAAUAUGACGGCAGCACAGGCGUCGGCGAGCAGAUGGCCGCGCUGGAGGUCUUCCAGGGACAGCUCGUGGAUUAUGUCGAGAACCGGGUGACUGCGUCGACUGGAGGUAUUAGCAAGGGGGAUCCGAAUGCCGGAGGGGAUACCUCCGAUGAGGAUGCCGUGGGUAUUGCACCAGGGCAUAUUGGAGUUGGAGAUCGGGUGGGAGCAGGCGUCGGCGAGGUCAAUACUUUCACCCUAUUCUUGGGAGUCUCAUUCGGUCUUAACUGA